AUGACAGACGAUUCGAAAACACAUCAAGUCGCACUUGUUGACAGACGAGUACUACGUGAGCAUCUCGGGGUUGAACAUGAUGAUUUCAGUUCGACUCAGCCAAUCUUGGCUUCUGAAUCAUCACAGCCCGAGUCUGACUUCCUGCUGGUCUACACCACAAAGCCCGUCGAAGAGGUAUUCAAGUUCGGCUUGAGAGCAAGCGACAUCGUGGAUAUACGUCCCGAGCCUCAGAACGUAGACGCCGCUAUACCAGAAGACUGGGGUUUCACCACACCAACAUCAGACGGGAUCUGCAAAUACUGUCAGCUUCUACUACACCCAGAUGCACCCUCUCUGAUACAGCAUCAGCCGAAUGUGAGCCGUUUGAUGAAAUCGGGUGAGACUUGUAAUGUUUGCAAGUGGUUGGAAGUAAGCAUUCCGAAAGGCUCUCCUAGUCUUUUGGCCCGAUUUCAGGCGAAUGAUCCAGAUUUGAUCGACGAGAACAGCACCGCCUGUUCUGUGACUGUUGAGUUGACCAAGUAUGAAAAGUAUACACGGGCGAUUUGCUGGGUCGGGGAUAGACAGUUGUAUUUGAAUUGCGGUGCACCUUUGACAAUAUCAACACCGUCGCGUCUUGGAGAUCUUGCUUCACGCCGCUUUUGGGCGAAACAUGAUAGUGAGGAUCCUCAUAAGCGACAGGACUUGAUAAAGAGCUGGAUGAGCGAGUGCGAUGACCAUGAGAUAUGUCAAGUAUCUCUACCAUCGACCCGAAACGCGCCACUUCCGACUCGAGUACUCGACUUGACAGGAAGUCCAGAUUUACCUGAGUCUGUAGAUGAUAUCAAAAUCAAACUGCGAGAAACAAACAAGGAUGAGACCGGUUUGUACACCGCACUCAGCUAUUGUUGGGGCAGAGACACUGAUCUGCACUUCAAAACUACGCAGACGACAUUGGAGGCUCACAAAGCAGGAAUCGCCUGGUCAUCUCUGCCACUUGUGCAUCGCGAAGCCAUACUUACCGCAUUGUAUCUCGGCAUUCGAUAUAUCUGGAUCGACUCACUAUGCAUCAUCCAGGACUCGCAUGAAGACUGGCUGAGCGAGUCCGUAAGGAUGGGCUCUGUUUACUCAAACGCCCAUCUUACCAUCGCAGCUACAUCGUCAUCUUCACCUUCUGAAGGACUUCAUUGGCCAUAUCAAGGAGCGCGGACCGUCGAUAUACAUGGAGAGAUGACGAGUAUUCGCUUCGAGACUCAUCUCUCCAUCGAUGCAUCUUCAGAGCCUCUCAACACUAGAGGAUGGACUCUACAAGAAGCUGUUCUUCCAUCUCGUCUCGUCUGUUUUGGCAAAGAGCAAUGGCUCUGGAAAUGUCCCGGUCGGUAG